AUGCCAAAGCUCUUCGUGCCUGUCAGCUACGUGGACGAGCAAGUGGCACUCCUUAAGGAGGAGAUUGCAGGUUUGAAGAAAGAGGUUGAAGACUUGCGCACCGGGAAGGUCUUAACGGCAGUCACCGUGGUGAAAGAGCCAGAUCCAAAUCCAAAUCAGAAAGAGGUGGAAGGCGAGAUCGAUCCCACUGGCUCGCAGAGUGCUGGCUUCGCCGGCUAUGCGUCCCCGGAGCAGCCAAGCUCGCCGCCAAGCCCCACCACGUCGGAGAAUGGGAAGAAGCGAGGGACCCUCCGGGGAUCUUCCACACAGUCGAUCUCAGCGCUCGGCGGAACCCAGACAUUUGCCAUGGUUUGCUUCGACCGAAAGAGCGCUUGGAGUAUUCCCUUGGUCACGACCAUUGACGAAUUUUCAGAUUGGUUCGACGCGACCUUGGCCAUGAUACUCCUCUUAGCCAACGUUCUGAUGCAGGGCCUCUUUAUUGGCAUCAUUCAGGACGGUGCCUUUCUGGGGGAGGACUAUUCCAACCAGGUCGACGUGGCAAAACAGUGGCGCAGGAGUUUUGCUCAUGACUCCAAGUACCUGGACCUAACGGACCGGAGUUUGGCGUCGCGCGUGUGCAAUGAGGACGGGUCUCUGAUCUUUGCAAACGGUCAGGUGGAGGUCCUCGCACAGAUCAAUGCAUUCCUCGGGAUGGGAAAGGACGACUUUGAAGCACCGUGGCUUCAGCCCGGGGUCAUGCUGUCGGUCCUCUGUAUUCUCCUCUGGUGUCUGCAGCCUGGCUCACAGGCUGGCGCUUUGUUUGGCAAUGCAAAUUGA